AGCAAAAACGACAAGCCGCUAAAUUGGUAAUCCACACAACAACAACAACUGCGCUCUCUCUGCUUCUCUCUCUCUUUACCCCAUUAACCCCAAGGGGAUAGAAAGAAAAAACAUCGAAAACUGGGCGACGCUGAAGAUUAGCCAAACAAACAACCAACCUCUGCUCAAUGUUUAUCCACUACUCAUAAUGCCUCUUUAUUCCCACUGACAUUAUUCCUUCUACUCUCAGCAGACUGUUUGUACCUACCACUGCCCUUAUUUCACGGCCAAAUUGGAGGAACAUCUUUUGACAUCCAUUAUUGGACCUGUACUGAUGAGAAAACUCCCAUUAGAUGUGAUCAACUUAAAACUCUCUCUCUCUCUCUACCAGAGCGUAGCACAAGUGAUAAAGUUGCAGGUUUGGUGGGUCAGGAUUCAGGAAGCAUUGAAGGAGGAUACCAGAUUGAGCUUUCAUUUACUUCGUUUUCAAAAGGGUAGCUAUGCAGACCCCAAAAUCAAGAAAUUCCUGUUCGGAAGCACCUCAAAAGGUUUCUCCUCGAGUUGCUCGGAAGCUUCGGCCGACUGCUCUGGAAUGUGAUUCUGCUUCCUCCUCGAACCAAGUAAAUAAUAGAAGCAUUAAAGAAAGAAGCCCUAAAGUUAUUGAUCGAAAGUCACCUAGAAGCCCUGCGAGCAGUGAGCUUCAGAAAAAGCGUCCGAGCAAGAUUUCCGAGUUGGAAUCUCAGGUUUCUCAGCUCCAAGAGGAUCUGACGAUAGUGAAGGACCAGUUAUGUUUAUCUGAAUCAUGCAAGAAGGAAUUCAAGCAAGAUGCCGAGGAAGCCAAGAAUCAACUUGUAGCCAUGACUUUAAAGCUUCAACAGUCUGAAAAACUAGUACUCGAGCUUUCUGCUUCUGAAGAAGCUCGUGUUAUAGAAUUACAACAGAUCUCACAAGACCGAGAUCAAGCCUGGCAAUCUGAGCUUGAGGCCAUUCAAGAACAGCACAAACUCGACUAUGCUGCAUUGGCUUCUGCUGUAAAUGAGAUUCAGCAGCUAAAGAUCCAGCUUGAAAUGGUGGCCAAGUCUGAAACGAAAAAGACUGAGCAUGCAGAUUCAGCAAAUAACGAACUCGAUAGCUUGAGAAGUAACCUUGCAGAAACUCUGUGUCUUGUGAAAAGAAUGGAAUGCGAUCUGAAAAACUGUCGAGAAUCCGAAGCUCAGGCUCAGUUACUUGUAAGUGAAACUCUAGCACAACUUGAAGAUGCCAAGAAACGUGUAGAGGAGCUGAGACAUGAUGGUAUGGAGGCAAUGAAGGCUUACCACUCCAUUGCUUCAGAGUUGGACGAGUCGAAGGCACGUGUUAACUUAUUAGAAGAACUCGUUGGUAAACUCAAAACAGAUGCUGCUAAUGCUAGUAGUAACCUUUUGCAACAUCCAGCAGUUGAAAACGAGGAAAAGAGAGGAGAAGAUCAUAUUGAAGAACUUUGUUCUCUCAAAUCAGAGAUUGAACAACUGAAAACAGCCCUGGAAAUGGCAGAGACCAAAUAUCAUGAAGAACAAAUCCAGAGUGCAGUCCAGAUAAAGAUGGCUUAUGAACAGGUUGAUCAAUUAAAAUCCAACAUGAAUUCUAGGGAAUUCAAUCUAGAGCAGGAACUGAAGAAAUCCAAAGUGGAUAUCGAAGAGUUGAAGGCAGACUUGAUGGAUAAGGAGACUGAAUUACAGGGUAUCUCGGAAGAGAACGAGCAGUUGCAAGCGAAGAUUCAGAAGAACCUAUCUAGCCAGAGGGAGUAUGAACUCGAAAGGGAGAUCAAGGAAUUAAAGGAGCAUCUUGCAGAAUUGAAGUCUAAUCUCACUGAUAAGGAGAGAGAUUACCAUAGCAUUUCGGAUGAAAAUGAGAUGCUGAAGCUCGAAAUUAACAAAAGGAUAAUGAUUCGAGCAAAAGCAAGUGAUGGGACAACUGAAGUCGAGGAUGCGACGGCUGCUGAACAAGAUGCUCACAUAAGACUUGGAAUUGUGAUGGAGGAAGCAGACAAGAGCAACAAGAGGGCCGCUCGAGUGUCUGAACAGUUGGAGGCUGCUCAGGCUGCAAAUGCAGAAAUAGAAAUGGAGUUGAGACGGUUGAGGGUACAGUCAGACCAAUGGAGGAAGGCAGCGGAGGCAGCUGCGGCGAUGCUCUCAGCGGGAAACAACGGCAAGUUCAUGGACCGAUCAGGAUCAUUGGACAGCAGCUAUGAUUCAGCUGCAGGAAAGUUUAAUGGGUCUUAUUGUGAAGAGAUAGAUGAUGAUUUGCUGAAAAAGAAAAAUGGCAAUGUGCUAAAAAAGAUAGGGGUGCUGUGGAAGAAACAACAAAAAUGAAGGUCCAGGACUUGGCAUGUCUAACUUUGUAUUAUGAAAACUCUUUUAGGCUGUAUUUACUCUUAAUAUGAUGUUAUGCUGUUUGUCUUUCUCAUCUUUCAGGGGGUUUGGUUUGGUUGGCUACUCUUUUUCCAGGUUUCUGUAGCCUGAAAACCUUAUGAUUUUUUGCAUAAUGAGCAGAGGGAAGGUUAAAAGUAUUUCAUUAA